CCGAUAUCUAGUCCACACUUCAAAGUCCACACUUAACGUAAAAAGCCGUAAUCUAAAAUCUGGAAAUCCCGCUUUGAAGGCGCCUGAUAAGGUAACAAGCCGUAAUGGUAGAUUCUGGGAAUCCCACUUCUAUUUUCUUUAAGAAUGAAGUUGUUAGAAGGAAUCCGUGAAUCUGAUCAAGAAUCUCCCAUCCUCCCACUAAGCGGUGUGAACAAUCCAGCAGGCCAUCCAUGACCCCAAAUCCCAGUAAGAAAACAACGACAAAAACCUAUCCCAUCCCCAGUCGUCGCCAAAGUCUGUAAGAAUAUUCUCACAAUCUCACCCACAACUACAUAAAGCUCCAAUCUUGUGGCAAAUACCCACAAAUCCCAGAAACCGUUUCAAUGGAUCGCUCCACCAGCACAAGAAGAGAGCCGGGCGGCAUGGAAUUGUCCUUGGAUUCCAAGAAAAGUGACGGCGCGGCGGCGGAGUCUGAGUCUGUGGAGAGGAUAUUUCAGUCCCAGGAGGUGCCUUCAUGGCAGGGACAACUCACUUUCCGGGCUUUCGGUGUGAGCUUAGUCCUGGGCGUCCUAUUCACCUUCAUAGUCAUGAAGCUCAAUCUCACAACUGGGAUUAUCCCUUCUCUCAAUGUUUCUGCUGGUCUUUUGGGGUUCUUCUUUGUCAGGACUUGGACAAAGUUUCUUGAGAAAUCUGGGUACAUGAAGCAGCCCUUUACCAGACAGGAAAACACGGUGAUUCAGACUUGUGUUGUUGCCACCUCGGGCAUAGCCUUCAGCGGAGGUUUUGGAAGCUACAUGUUUGGAAUGAGUGAGACGGUUGCCAAGCAAGCAAAUGUAGCUAAUGAUGCAGAGAAUAUUAAGAAUCCAGGGGUGGCUUGGAUGAUUGGUUUUCUCUUUGUUGUCAGCUUUCUCGGGUUAUUUUCUGUUGUUCCUCUUAGAAAGAUAAUGAUCAUAGACUUCAAGCUCACAUAUCCAAGCGGCACAGCCACUGCUCAUCUGAUUAACAGUUUCCACACCCCACUGGGAGCUAAGCUUGCAAAGAAACAGGUUAAAAUUCUUGGAAAGUUUUUCUCCUUCAGUUUUCUCUGGGGCUUCUUCCAGUGGUUUUUUAAGGCAGGAGAUGACUGUGGGUUUUUAAAUUUUCCCACAUUUGGUCUCGAGGCAUAUAAACACAGAUUUUUCUUUGAUUUCUCAACAACUUAUGUGGGUGUUGGAAUGAUAUGUCCACACCUAGUUAACGUAUCUGUGCUACUUGGAGCAAUCCUUUCGUGGGGGAUAAUGUGGCCUCUUUUAUGGACCCGGAGAGGUGAUUGGUAUCCUGCAAAUCUAAGCCAAAGCAACCUAAACGGAUUGCAAGGUUACAGGGUUUUCAUAGCAAUUGCCUUGAUUCUUGGAGAUGGUCUUUACAAUUUCUUCAAAGUUCUUGGCCGGACCUUAUAUGGCAUAUAUCAACAACUAUUAAAAAAUAGAGCUGUUUUAUUACCAUUCUCUGGGCCCUCCUCUCAACGAGAACCUUCCGUGUCCUUUGAUGACCAACUUAGGACCCAACUUUUCCUCAAAGACCAAAUCCCAACAUGGUUGGCCGCGCUUGGUUACGUCAUGAUUGCCAUAGUCUCAAUCAUUACACUCCCACACAUCUUCCAUCAACUCAAGUGGUACCACAUCUUGGUUAUGUACGUCUUUGCCCCUUUACUGGCCUUUUGCAACGCAUACGGGUGUGGUCUCACAGACUGGUCAUUAGCAUCAACUUACGGAAAGCUUGCGAUUUUCAUAAUAGGGGCGUGGGCAGGGGCCACCCACGGGGGAGUCCUUGCUGGUCUGGCAGCCUGUGGGGUCAUGAUGAACAUUGUGUCGACCGCAUCAGACCUGACUCAGGAUUUCAAGACGGGGUACAUGACCCUGGCCUCACCCCGGUCCAUGUUCAUAAGCCAGAUCAUUGGGACAGCAAUGGGUUGCGUCAUCUCCCCUCUUGUGUUUUGGAUCUUUUACAACGCUUUCCCAGAUUUGGGUAAAACUGGGUCAGAGUACCCGUCACCAAAUGCAACUGUCUUCCGGAACAUGGCCAUCUUGGGGGUUGAAGGGUUCUCGUCUCUUCCGAAGAACUGCCUCACACUGUGCUAUGCUUUCUUCGCUGUGGCCAUUGUUAUGAAUGGGAUAAGGGAUGGAGUGGGGAAGAAGAUAGCUCAGUUCAUUCCUCUACCGAUGGCAAUGGCUAUUCCUUUCUAUAUCGGAGGUUACUUUGCGAUUGAUAUGUUUGUUGGGAGUGUGAUAUUGUUUGUGUGGCAGAAGAUAAACAAGGCAAAGGCAGAUGCUUUUGGACCGGCUGUGGCUUCUGGUCUGAUAUGUGGAGACGGGAUGUGGACCUUGCCGGACUCGAUACUCGCUUUGGCUGGGGUAAAGCCGCCUAUUUGCAUGAAGUUCUUGUCGAGGAAGGAUAACGUGAGGGUUGAUGCGUUCUUAGUAGGUUCUUAAAUUUUCAUGUUUUCUGAAGUCAGGAGUUAAAGAUUCUUGUUUCUGUCAAUGGCCAUUGAUGUGUGUGUGUGAAAUGUUAAAAGUACUCUCUCAAAGGGUGAUGUCCAUACAAGCUUGAGACUGACGUCCAAAGGGAGCCUUGGUGUGAAUGUCUAUAGGCUAUUGCCAUUUGCCUCUUCAGAUUCAUGUAAAAAAUGGUGUAAAGUCAAAUACCUUUCAUCUUUUCUAGAUUUACAAAUACUUUUAAUUAGAAUCUGUCCAUGUUUUUAUUAAAUUGAAGUAUAUUUAUUAUUUAUCACAUACUAUAUAUACUUUCGUCAUGUUUUUACUUUUAGUCGAGAGUAAUUUUGUUUUUUUUUUU